AUGAUAAGUGUUUCAGUGUCAGACAGUAAACUCCUGGGUUAUCUGUCCUUGACUGUGAUAACUGUUUCAGUGCCAGAGAGUAAACUCCUGGUUUAUCUGCCCUUGAUCCAUCACCGUAACAGCUGGUCAAAGACCGACCACAGAGACCACCUGAACGCCAAGGACUCCCCGAGGAAACUCAGAGAGAUGCUGAGACGACAAGGAGAGAGCGUGUCAACUCACAUGGACUACAGCUGGAAUAGACAGCCGAGUGGUUAUGCAGGUAACAUGAUGACAGUGGAAGACCUGCACGAAAUGGCCGAUCAGGAACAGUACGACUCGUAUCCUGAUGUUUUGGGCAGAAGGAAUUCUAGACAGAGGGACUGGGCUAAGGUGAAGGUUACACUAAAGGAAAUGUCUGCAAAGCAAACAGAAGAGACAGAAGCUGCCCAGAAGACAAUGUACACUAGAUACUGAAACGCAAGGAACUGAAAACACUGUACAAUAGAUACUGAAAUACAAAGAACUGAAGACAUUGUACAAUAGAUACUGAAACACAAAGAACAGAAGACACUGCACAAUAGAUACUGAGAACACAAGGAACAGAAAACACUACUGAAAAAAAGAAUUGAAAACACUGUACACUAUAUACUGAAAUACAAGGGACUGAAGACAAUAUACACUAGAUACUGAAAAACAAAUAACUGAAUUCACUUUACACUAGAUACUGAAACACAAGGGACUGAAGAUACUGUACACUAGAUACUGAAAUACAAGGGACUGAAGACACUGUACACUAGAUACUGAAACACAAUGGACUGAAGACACUAGAUAAUAGAUACUGAAACACAAUGUAAUGAAGACACAGUACACUAGAUACUGGAACACAAUGGUCUUGCUAAAAUCAAUGAAUGCACAGAAUAAGUAUUGUUUUUCACUU